AUGGGUCUCUUUGGCAAGCGUGAGCUCCCUGAAGAUGAGAUUCAGCGAGUGCCUCAGGAUCAGGAUGUCGAGAAGACCCUGCCGGCACAGCUGGAGGUCGCACCAGUCCAGCCCCCCGCCAAACUUACCCCAAGAGCUAUUGACCCAGAGUUGGAGCGUCGGGUCGUGAGGAAAUUGGAUAUGCGCGUUCCGACGCUCAUGGGAUUUUUCUACCUUCUCGCUUUCCUCGAUCGAAGUAAUAUUGGAAAUGCAAAAAUCGCCGGAAUGACCGAAGACCUCGACCUCACGGGUAACCGAUAUGCAUGGCUUCUAACGAUUUUCUACAUCUCCUACACAGUCUUCGAAUUCCAGGCUUUGAUGUGGAAGCUUGUUAAGCCGCACCAAUGGGCAGCCUUUGUCGUGUUCUCCUGGGGUUUGGUGGCAAGCUGCCAGGCAGCAACCCAGAAUUGGCAGGGUAUGAUGGCACUCCGUUUUCUGAUGGGCGCUUUCGAAGCUGGGUUUGGACCCGGUGUACCCUAUCUGCUCUCGUUCUUUUAUCGUCGCCAUGAACUGGGCCUACGAUGUGGCCUGUUCUUGUCCGCUGCCCCGCUGGCGAAUACCUUCGCUGGUGCUCUUGCCUAUGGAAUCACAUCUGGCCAUGCUACACUGGCUAAUUGGCGGGUCUUAUUUUUGGUGGAGGGUGUACCUGUCUGCGCAGCUGCGAUUUUGGCUUGGUUCUUCGUCCCGGAUUCCCCAUCUACUGCGAAGUUCCUUACAGAGGAAGAGAAAGAGGUUGCUCGUGCGCGUGGUCUGCAGCAGGCCGGUGAUGCCGACCGGGAAGGCAAGGUGCAAUGGAGAGAGUUGGCCAUGACAUUAUUGGAUGCGAAGGCCUGGUUGACUGCUUUCAUGUACUUCAGCUGCAACGUCAGCUUUUCAUCACUCCCCGUCUUCUUACCAACCAUCCUCGAGGAAAUGGGCUAUUCAAAAAUCAACGCACAGGGCCUCACUGCACCCCCAUUCUUUGCCUCUUUUAUUGUUACGAUCAUCACUCCGUGGGUGGCGGAUCGGAUCCAACAGCGUGGACUAAUGAUCGCGGCGCUAUCACUGAUCGGCGGUGUGGGGUACAUCCUCUGCGCCACCUGCACAACAGUGGGUGUGCGAUACUUUGGCGUGUUUCUGGCCGCCUGUGGAGUAUUCCCAGCGAUCGCAAAUAUUUUGCCGUGGGUUCUGAAUAAUCAAGGCUCCGAUACCCGCCGUGGUGGCGGUAUUGUCCUACUCAAUGUUAUUGGCCAGUGCGGUCCUUUCUUGGGUACUAAUGUAUUCCCGGACAGUGAAGCACCGCGAUAUGUUAAGGGUAUGUCUAUUUGUGCUGCCUUUAUGGUCUUUACUACUUUCCUUGCCUUGGUUCUGCGAUGCUUGUUGGUGUGGGAGAAUAAGCGCCUUGAUAAGAAAUACGGACCGAGGAUUGAGGUAGAUGAGACCAAGGGCGAGGUUGCUGUUGCGGAAGAUAAUUACGGUGCUAGUUUCCGAUAUAUUCUGUGA